UCACAUUAUGACGGCGAGGGUGGCGAGCAGAGCGAAGAGGCCAACGUCGCCCUCGUACUCAUCAUCCGCCACGUGGUGGUAGACUUCCUGCAGCCCAUCGGCUGUCGUGGUGUUGGCCGUCUGGUUGACAAUCGAGUUGACGUCAAAGAGGAAGUGCAGGUGGGGCUGGGCGUCCUCUGGUGGAAAGGCGGUGGCUGUGGUCGGCUGACGAGUUGACGUAGUUGACGAGUCCACAGAUAUAAAAUGGAGGCAGCGAUGUCUGAAGGCACAUGGAGACACAAACGUGUGUCUCAGUCGGGAGAUAGACAUUCCCGCUUGCCUGCUGACGGCUCACCCCUUGUGGUCUCCCAGUCACAACUCAGACAGACACGGGCGGGCAGCCGCCCAACGUUUACGUGUUCAGGACGAUUCGCUGAAUGCAUAGGCAAACAAGGACGGACGGCAUGACAUACUUACCAUCAACGUGCAGAUGCAUCUCAUCCAUCCCCACAUCCGCUGUGCCUGUCCUUACGUGAAGAGGGUGACUGCAGCAAGGGACAGUGCCCCGAAGAAAACGAUCGAACGAGCGAGUUCGUCCAUGCUGACUUUUUUUCCUGUGUGUGCUGGAGAAGCGUUCCACUUGCCCUUCCCCCUGCAGUAGAUCCCGGCCACGCGUUGGCAGCAAUGGGUCUCCACGCCUUCAUCUUCUGCAGCACACACAACGGAUACACACGCGCAAUUGGUUGCCGUCCACUGGAUCUCUCUCCUUUUUUGUGAAUGCAUCAUGAUCUCAC